CUUCUCAUCCUAGGUAAGUUAGUCCUAUUCUUACCAACAUAUUAGCCGUCCUAAGACAAGUUAUCAGCCACUUAUGACGACGCUCUUUUUAUAUGCCCUAUCUCGCUUUCACACAAGAUGUUCAUAAGAUUUUCUAACAUUUUCCCAUACAUCAGGUAGAACUAGAGCUCAUCCCUUACUCUGUUGCGUAGUGAUCGUAUAAUUUCACAGUGUAACCCACCUUAGCAUUCCCCCCCGAUUCCUCGACGUCAUCAUUUCUACUAAAGCUGUCUUUAUAACUGUAAGAUAAGUAUAUGCCCGUUCACAAUGGCCGGCUCGCAUGAAAAUAGUGGCGGACGCGGCCACUCAGAUAUUUCGGAUAAACUAAGAAACCCAUUCCAUGAGUUAAAAGAGAAGCUGAAGGACACUCAUCUACACGACGCCAAAAUUGGCCUCAUUCAUCAAAAGCAUAAAUUUGGGAAACUCGCAAAUCUCUUUAACCCAGAACACCGUCAUGACGAAGAACACGAAAAGGCCUGUGAUGAUAAACGGACUAAGAUUUCCGAGAGCCACCGCUUCAAUUCGUAUUUCCCAGAACGUGACGGCAAUCUCAUUAAAUGGUAUGUCGAUGGGAGGAAUUACUUCUGGGCUGUAUCGGUGGCUUUAGAACAGGCAAAGGAGACUAUUUACAUCGCGGACUGGUGGCUUUCUCCGGAACUGUUCCUUCGCAGACCUCCGUAUUUCAAUCAAGAAUGGCGGUUAGACAGGAUUUUGAAGCGCCGUGCUGAGGCCGGUGUGAAGAUCUUCGUUAUCGUCUAUCGUGAAGUCGAAGCUGCAAUAACAUGCAACUCGGCGCAUACCAAGCAUGCGCUGCAAAGUCUAUGUCCUAAGGGUUCACCGGGUUUUGGGAACAUUACCGUCAUGCGGCAUCCGGACCACAAUUUUCUGGAAAAUGCUGCAGACAUGACCUUCUACUGGGCUCAUCAUGAGAAAUUCAUUGUUAUCGACUACGAGAUGGCUUUUAUCGGAGGCCUAGACCUUUGCUUCGGCCGCUGGGAUGACCAUCAGCAUAUACUCUCUGAUGUCCACCCAGAAGGGGUCCGCAAUGAAGUCUGGCCAGGCCAAGACUUUAACAAUAACCGUAUCAUGGAUUUUCAGAACGUCCAGGAUUGGAAGCAGAACGAACUAAGCAAGGCCGACUAUGGACGAAUGCCCUGGCACGAUGUUGCUAUGGGAGUGGUUGGGCCCUGCGUUUAUGACAUCGCAGAGCAUUUCAUCCUACGGUGGAACUUUAUCAAGAGAGACAAGUAUAAGCGCGAUGACAGAUUUGACUCGAUAAUGCUACGGGGCCGUGAAGGCGAAGAUGAAGACCUCGUGGGCGUACAGCGACCGAAACAUCCCGUUGGCGAAUACGUGCUUCAUCCUCUAACACCUCUGGAGACGAAAAACCUCGACAAUCGAGGAACUGUCCACGCUCAGAUCGUCCGAAGCAGCGCUGAUUGGUCCAGUGGCAUAUUGACGGAUCACACCAUUCAGAACGCAUAUUCGGACAUCAUUCGCAACGCCCAGCAUUAUGUAUACAUCGAGAACCAAUUCUUCAUCACCGCCACUGGCGAUCAGCAAUCCCCCAUCCAUAACACGGUAGGGAGGGCAAUUGUAGAUGCUUGUGUAAGAGCUGGUAAGGAAGGAAGAAAAUUCAGGGUUAUUAUAAUCAUCCCUGCGAUCCCGGGGUUCGCUGGUGACUUACGGGAUGAUGCGGCGACCGGAACACGUGCCAUUAUGGAUUAUCAGUACAAAUCGAUAUGCCGUGGCGAACAUUCAAUCUUCGAACAGAUCCGUGCACAGGGCGUUAACCCUACCGACCACAUAUUCAUCUUUAACUUGCGCUCUUACGAUCGUUUGAACAAGACACCUGCAAUUAAGAAGCAAGAGGAGGUAUCCGGCGUGAAGUAUCAAGAAGUCCAACGUGCCGAAGCAGAGGAAGUUAUGGGGGAAGGAAUUUACGGCACUGAAGAUGUCGAGGGCGAACGAGACGAACAUAUGGGCAAAAGAGAGGAUCGGAGGGAGAUUGAUGAAAAAACUAAGAGCACUGAGGCUAAGCGUCGCUUCGAAGCCGCAUGGCAAGAGGGCCAGGAAACUAAGUCUGCUUCCAGCGUCGCCCAUCAUGCGAUGGCUAACACCGGAAAACUUUCGGAGGAGAUUUGGGAGGAUGAUCCUCAAGAGGAGGUCGACAACUGGAUCCAAGAGGAACUAUAUAUCCAUGCCAAACUCUUGAUAGCAGAUGACCGCGUCGUGAUCUGCGGAUCGAGCAAUUUGAACGAUAGAAGCCAACUGGGCAACCACGAUAGCGAGCUAUCAAUUGUCAUGGAGGAUACCGACAAGAUCCAGAGCAUCAUGGAUGGACAGCCGUUUGAAGCAGGGAAGCAUGCCGCUACCUUACGGCGAUAUCUCUGGCGAGAACAUCUGGGUCUACUUCCACCGCAAACUCACGACGCGAGUAACGACCCGAACGCGCAACCGCCUGGACAGGACUCGCCUAACGAUAUUUGUGAUAGAGAUGAGAGUUACAAAUUCGUCGAGGAUCCCAUGAGCGACCAACUGUGGGACAUGUGGACCACAAGCGCGACGAAGAACACAGAGAUAUUUAGACAUCUAUUUCACGCGGAUCCGGAUGAUCACGUGAAAACAUUCGACGACUAUAACACCUUCCUACCACCCAAGGGCGUCAAAGCCGGCCACAUAUUCGACAGAUUCCUCCCGCCAGACGAUAUUCGGGCAAAGCUAGACCAGAUCAAGGGACAUCUCGUGUGGAUGCCGCUGGACUACUUGAAAGAUGUUAACAUGGCUGAAACGGGGCUGCAGGUUAACUCGUGGACGGAAAGCGUGUAUACGUAAUGUGGCGAUAUAGGCCAAAAGCUAGUGGCUUGGAUAUCUGCUACUAUUUGUAACGGUAGCAGGUGAGGUAACGAGGCGUGUUCUUAUAUGGGCUCUAACGUGGGAGUCUACGGCUUACAGGGUGGUGGCAAGGUGGUUUAAUACAAAAUAAGCCUCUAAUGUUCUUGUAUUCCGAAGCUUUGACGUGGUGAUUGUUGGGCUAUGCUAGAUCUUAUAGAAAUAAUUUAAGAUGUAUAAUCCGAGUCCUGUUCCAGGCAAAUAUAUCAUAUGAAAUGUGCCAAUCCGAGGCUUGACAAUAACAAGUAAAUAUACGCCGUAGUCAGCCCUACGAGCGCUCCGCGUGUCUAAAAUUAACAAUCUAGGUGAAGCACAGUCCCCAGAAAAGACACAAUGCCGAAAAAAGCCAGCCCUCUACGACAGUGGCAUCUUACAAUCCGCGCCCUGCCUUCUUCUAUGCCAGGUACGCCGUCGGUGAUUGGUGGGUAGCUGAUGCCCGCCGGGUGAAUUGGGCGCUGGCCUCCAAUUUCGAUGUACCAGCCCCAAAACGGACCAAUAGCGCGCAGCUCGGUGCCUGUGUCUCGGUACAUAACCAUACGAGAGUUGGA